CCUUGUUUCUUAACUUUUCCUAGUUCUUAAAACACUAAAGGAUAUGGCUUGCACGCACUUCAGCUUCGUUUCUCUUCUCCUUCUCCUAGUGGCUUUCCCUUGUACACAAGCUACUAAAGAUGCUGUGAAAACAACAGAGAAGAAAAUAGAUGUGGUCGUGGAAACCACUGUCUAUUGUCAGAGCUGUGAGCACUCUGGAACAUGGUCUUUGAUAGGAGCCAAACCCGUUCCUUUCGCCAAAGUGAGUGUCACAUGCAAAAGCCACAAAGGUCAUGUUAGCUACUACAAGGUCUUUCAGACUGACAAAAAUGGUUACCUUUAUGCACCACUUGAAGGGUUCAAGAUGCAGAACUAUAUACUUGAUCAUCCCCUCCACUCUUGCUAUGUCAAGCCUGUUUGGUCUCCUCUUGAAAGUUGCAGCCUUCUCUCUAAUGUCAAUUAUGGUCUCAAUGGAGCUCGACUUCGAUAUGAGAACAAGAGAUUGCAUGGAAGCAACUAUGAAGCUGUCAUAUAUGCUGCUAGCCCCUUGGCGUUCCAUCCCUCGGAUUGCUCAUAGAUUCACUAAUGAUGUUUCAAACACUUGACCAAGCAUUGAGAUUCAGUUUCUCGUGAUUUCAUUAUUGUUGCUAUUAUUUGUGCCUUAUAAUAUAGUGUUCAAUCUGAUACAGUUUUCUUUUGGUAUUUUUAUGUAUCACAUUAAAUUGUAAUGUAACUGCUGGCAAUUUAAUUUGGGUUUUUCAUAUCA